AAUUUUUUUAUAUGAGCCCCGCUGGGCUUCAUGGGGCUCCGCCCUGAUAGUUGAUAUAAAUUGAGGAAAAUUUUUCUAGAAUAUGAGAUCAUUAUCUCCGAUCUUCAACUGGCAGAUUAAUGAUAAAUCAACGGUUCUAAGUGCCAAACAAAAUAGGUAGGCUGCCCACUGGAACACAUCCCAGACCUUCUAGGUUGAAGAUUCCUUCUAUACAUUAUCCGAAUGUUAGCUUUUUUGGGUUGCACGGAUUUUCGUCCCACUUGUCAGAAACUCGUAAAAACAAAGACAAAAAACAAAAUACUUAGUAUUAAUUUUCAUAAAAAUUUUGUAGUUCACUGUUCUUUUUAAUAUCCACACAAAAUAUAUACUAAUCCCUUCAACCUUAACCACCCAUUCAUUGUCUCCCUCUAGCUCUAGCCUCCCCUACCCAUAUUUCAUUACCAAGAAAAAAAAAAAAAGUGAGAUGGAGGAUUUGAUGAAGAAGACCAAAAUUGAUGGACUAAGGUGAGUUCAUCACUUCUUCUUCAUCAUCAAAUUUCUCAAUCUCUUUCUGUGUUUUGGUGUCUUUUCUUUCAAUCCCAAAUCAACCCAGAUUUGUUGUUUGUUUUUUUCUCUCACCUUAUUAUCUGCAAAAGGAAAAGAAAAGAUUUUUAAUGUUAUGUUUUUUUUUUUUUGUUUUAUAAACAAAGGAAAACUUUUUUUCAGAGAUUUAAUGGAUAUGGUUCUUUGUAUCUAGACUUGUUAUCUUCGAACAAAUAUUCUUUUGGGUGGAUAAUUUUCCAGGUGUCAAAACCCAAACAGAUCUCAGUAACCCCACCACCAUCGUCUUUCAUUCAUCUGUUGCUGGGGCAUCCACUAAAUCUCCUUCUCAUUACUUGACAGCUGUUUCGGCUGUCUGUACGGUUGAGUUCUUUUCUUAAAAGAUAAAAGGAAAAGAAGAGGGAAGAAGCUUUGUUAUGGUAGUGCUUGUUAUAGCUUUCUGUAGGGGGUUUUGUUUUGGAUUGGAUGUGAGGUAACUUUCCCUCUUUUUUUUUUUACCAAACUUUGUUAAAAAAAAAACCAUUCUUCUCGUACUGGUUGUUAUUAGUCCUUUACAAGGAAGCCCUCCUUGGAGUUUGGUGGGCUUUGAUAUUAACCAAUAAAAAACCUUUUUUUUUUUUUCAUCCAAGUUGGGUCUUUCCUGUUGGUGUUUUGAAGAUUCCACUUUGUUUUUUUUUUCUUUUUUUGAAGGGAAGGAGGGUAAGAGAAGAAGAGAGACAAUUGGGUUCUUCCAUUGAUUUAUUUUUUUUUUUGCCUUAUAUCAUUGAAUUUGGACCCAUAAAAGAACUCACCUUUUAUCUAUUUCUUGGAAUGCUACUUUACUUCAUAAUCACUUGUUUUCCCUUCAUCUUCUUUUUGAAGUCCUUAACUUUGAAACCACUUCCACCAUGGGCAACUGAGAUGAGAUUAUUGUCUCCGUGGUUUUGGAAAAACGUUUCCCUUUUUUCCAUUUCCAAGUUGAUAAAAAAUAGUCUUACUCUUAGUUAUUUUACCUCAAUCCCUUCCAAAAUGUCUCUAAAAAAGAUGUCUUUCACUUCAAAAGUGGAUAACUUUGACGAGGUUGAGGAGGGCGUCAUGUCAGUUUUGGACUUACCAGAAUUGGUCUUAGAAGGCAUUCUCGAAAGGCUACCACCUGCUGGUCUUUGUAGUAUGGCAGGUGUUUGCAGCUCUUUAAGAAGUAGGUGUAUUAGUGAUCAUUUCUGGAAAAAACACAUGAAAAAAAAGUGGGGUAGACUUAUUGGUCCUGCUGCUUAUAGAGAGUGGCAAUGGUACAUAGCUUUAAGAAAGGAUUCGAAUCAUGUAAAACAGGGGAAGCCAAAAGGUUUGAUGAGGAUUUUAUCAAUUGUUAGGGCAUCUUGGUGGAUUAAAUCAAAGGUUGAUGAGAGUAAUAAGCAGAGUUCUUUGCCAGAUGAUUCAAUCAUGUCUUGGUUUCUUGCUCUUGAAACUGGCAGAUUCUGGUUCCCGGCUCAGGUCUAUAACCGUCAGAAUGGCCAUGUUGGGUUUAUGUUGUCGUGCUAUGAUGCAGAACUCAGUUACGAUCCCCGUACUGACACCUUCCAAGCCAGGUACCCUCCACAUGGAAGGAGGGCAGUGGCCAUAGAGAAUAGCGUGCCGUGGGAAAGGCUAAGAGCACCACCUGUUGAUGCUUCACCACAUGAUCUUCAUAUUUCUGAUUGUUUGAAUGAGCUACGCCCAGGCAAUAACAUUGAAAUUCAAUGGAGAAGAAACAAAGAAUUUCCUUAUGGUUGGUGGUAUGGUGUAGUUGGUCACUUGGAAUCAUGUGAUGGGAAUGAAAAUUACUGCCGGUGCCAUAAUAGUGACACAGUGGUGUUAGAGUUCAAUCAGUACACCCCUGACUCAAGGUGGAGGCGCACAACAAUCAAUAGGAAAGAACAUCGAGAGGAGGGAGAUGAGGCAGAUGGAUUUUAUGGAGGAAUCAGAAAACUCAGCAGUGAGGACGAGAUUUCUACAUGGAAGCGGCUCUGGCCAUCUGAAGCCCUGGAAUAGCCUUAUGCAUAAAACAUGCAUGCUAAUGUCACCAUGAUUUCAAUACAAAUUCUCUAUUUUCCUUCCAACUAAGCAAAUGGCUCUAUAAAUGAUGCUCCUGCAAAUUGAAAUUCAACUUCUAAGUUGCAUGAAUGUGGAGUCGAGUUCAUGUAAAAUCCCUCUAUUUACAUUACAUAUCCCCCAAUUAUUUAAAGUUUUUGUUGAAAAUCAUUUGGAAGGCCAUUGAUUAUUGAAAUGUAUCCUAUUAUUUAAGGAAACAGAGAAUGUCUCAACUUUAUGGAACAUGAACUAUAUCUUGUAGACCUCUGAAAUUGUAAAUUAUCUCUUCUUUU